CUCCAUCCCAGGGGGUUUGUGGGGUGUGUAGGGGAGGUGAGAUGCUCUGAUGCCCCGCAGGGUCUCGGGGCAGCAGCAGCCUCUCUGCAGGGACAGCUGCCCAUGGAGGCACUGCCAGCCCGCUCCUGGGUGUCCUCCUGCUCCCAGCACCAUGGAGGUGCCCGCCAGGAGCCCGGAUGGCAGCGAGCAGUGUCCCCAGGGCAGGGAGCUGAUGGCCAGCAGCACGGGCAGCACGCUGUGCAUGAGCUCCUCCCGCAGCGAGUCCGUGUGGACCAGCAGCACCCCCAGGAGCAGGUGGGACAUUUACCGCAAGCCCCUGGUGGUAGUGGCCGUGGGAGUGGCCAUCUUCCUCUUCGGGGUGGUCAUCACCAGCCUGGCCUGCUUCCUCGAGAAGCACAAGAAGGUUUACAAGAUGUCCGGCCCGGCCUUCCUGUCCCUGGGACUGAUGCUCCUGGUGUGCGGCCUGGUGUGGAUCCCCAUCAUCCGCAAGAAGCAGAAGCAGAGGCAGAAGUCCCAGUUCCUGCAGAGCCUCAAGUCCUUCUUCUUCAACCGCUGAGGGCAGCCAGGAGCUCCUCCAGGAGGUUCCCUGCCCUCCUCCAGCCCGUGUUGAUCAGCCUUGAGAGCAAAAAUUUUCUUGUACUUCCCAGAGGAUUUCACCCCCGUCAGUGGCUUCCCUCCAGUGUGAAAAUGAACUUUGUGCUCCAUCCACGUCAUCCCAGGGAAAAAGGAGCAGGAAUUUCCAGCUGAGCCCAGCAAGACAGGUCCCAGGUCUCUGCAUCACCCCCCUGUCCAAAGAGUGACCCAAGAGCACAAAGUGGGUAAAGUAGAGCCCCAGAGGAGCCUGGGCUGAAGCAAAACCCCAAAGGAACCCAGAUCCCCCAGGAGGUUCUGCAGGAUCCACCAGCAGAGGGGAGAGGAGCCACAAUUCCUCCCAGCUCCCUGAAUUGCCAGAGGGGCUGGAGGGUCUGCACAGCAGCAGGAGACACAGUAGAAGCAGAGGGACACAAACCCUACAGAGGGUCCCAAAUCCUACAGAAGGUCUCAGAUCCUACAGAGGGUCCCAGCCCCUGCUGCUCCAGACACCUGGCAGGGCAGGGACAAGGGAGAUGUGUCUGGGAAUGGUGUGAGCUGUGGGAGCUCAGGGCUGAUUCCCUCCCCGCACUCAGCCUCCCCCUGGCCCUCCCUGCUGAACUCCCCCAUUUCUGCCACUCCAACACCUCUGCCUGAAGCUGUGCCCCGCUCAGGGACCUGAGAGCUGAGCCUCUGUGUGUCCCCAUCCUGGCUGGCAGGGAGCUCAGGCUCACCCUGGCAUUGGUGCCAGUCUGUGACCAGGGCUGUGUGCCUGGGUGUGCCCUCCAUGCUCUCAUGAUCCAUGUGGGCAGAGCUGGAGGUGGCACAUCCCAUCCCGGCAGCUGGCACAGCUGACUUAGGAGUGUUUGAGCACACAAAUCCCUUUGCCUCAGGCUCAGCCUGGCCCUGAACUUUGUUUCCUGAUGGUGCAGACACCCCUGUGCAGGCAGUGCCAGCUUGGCUGAGCCAGGCCUGGCAGGGAUCCAGCAGAGCUCUUUGUUCCUGUGCCAUCCCUCGUGCCGUGCCACGCUCGAUGCUGUUUGCAAUCCUGCCCUGGCACAGCUCCCAGCCCCUGCUCCUGCUGCUGCCACGGGCAGGGAUGGUCCCCCAAAACUCCUGCUGGGGCAGCUGCAGCCAGGUGGGCACCAGGAUUCAGCAUGGGAGACCAGGAGAAGGUGGAGGGCAGCCCCAGGUGCCAGCUGGUGCAGGGGUGGGCACAGGGUGGGCACCCUGGAUCUGCCCUGGGUGGAGAUGGGUCCUGCUGCACAGAGCUGUGCCCAGCCAGGGCUGCCUGCCCACAGGGCUGCCCCAGGACUGCCAGAAGCACAGAGGGAGCUCCUGCUGGCCCUGGCCAAGGAGGAGGCACUCACUGAAAUGUCAGUGGGAUAAAACGUCACCGAGAGCAAGAAUUGAAUUGGGUUCUAGACUUUAUUUAUAGAAGGAAUGUGCGGUUUCAUUAAAGGAAAAGCU